AUGGAAUUUGAUUUGGAGGGAUUUGGAAUUUAUAAAAUCUUAUCUAGUCUUAUUACCCAAACUACACUCCACAUGUUUCGUUUUGAUCUAAUCUUAUCUAAAAUUGUAUUAUUGAUUGCUAUAUUUUCUCUUAGGCCCAUUGAGUCUUCUCCUAAAGCAGGUGACACCGGGCAAAAAUCUUUCUAUAGUGGUUAUGAUGCUCAAACUCAUCAAAGGCCUUCUGCAGUCACUUCAUUUCUUGAUUCACAAAAUUCUGGAGCUUACGUCCCUGCCAAAAUUACAUCACUUCAAGACCUGAAAAGAACCAGACCACCUCAGUUACUGUCUACUGAUGAAGAUGGUGUGAGAAACACUAGAAGGGGCAGUACGAGUCACUGUCAAGCCAUUAAUUCUUGUGAGGAAUUGGCUACUUAUAUCGGAAAAUGUUAUAUGCACAUAAUUCUUGUGAGGAAUUGGCUACUUAUAUCGGAAAAUGUUAUAUGCACAUACUAA